GUUGAGACGUCGGAACCCUGGACGAUGGAAAAAGGACACAAUGCGUCUUAUAAUCCGAAAAAACGUAUAUUUUCCUAUUUGUAUAUGAGGGCAAAAUAAGUGACCUGUUCAAAACACCACCGCAUGCUUAAUCUUUUCAAGGUGAAUUGUUUGUGUUAACAGCCCUAAACAUGAAGAAGAAAGUCAAUCCACUUCAGCAGACCUCAAAAGUGAAGGAUAUCAGCAGCAAAGAAACCCAGAGGACAACAACAUCUGAUGGACCAGUGACGUGUGAUGCCAGGAGCGACGAUGCUGAUGUGGCCAUCAAAGACUCUUCGGCAGAAAAGAUGCAUCUGAGAAUAUCCCAAACUGAUGGCUGUUUCUUGAAGUUCCUAAACGAAGACCGGCAGAGGCUGCAAUCAUUCUGUGACACGACUAUCACGGCCUGUGGAAAGAUGUAUCGUGCCCACAAAGUGGUUUUAGCUUUUGGCAGUGGCUAUUUUCAUGCCAAAUUCAGCGAAAACCCUGAACUGCAUCAUGUUACUAUUGAUAACAUAGAGAGCUCUACAUUUGGACAUUUGAUCAACUUCCUGUACACGUCUGAAUUUGAAGUUUCAGAAAGCCAGAUUCCUGCUUUGGCUGAGGCGGCAUGUUUUCUGGAUAUGAUGGAAGCUGUAAAUCUUUUAGCAAAGUGGGCGACACCAGCUCAUGCUGAUGAAGAAAGUGAUGUUCAGCAAGUUCAACCGGAGACUCCACAUGUCCAGACGUCAGCAGGAGCUCAGUGCUCUUUUUGCAGUCGCACGUUCUGCUAUAAGAAGUCUUUGGAGAAUCACCUGGCUAAGACGCACAGCGCUGGUUGCCAAGACGAGGAAGAGCAAAACACUGCAAGCACAUCUGCGGUAACUACCCGCAGAUCUGCUCGUCAGAGAAGGACCCCUGCGAAAUUUGAUAACCAGGAGAGCGAAAAUGUCCAUGUGCUGUCUGCAAAACCUGGUCAAAAAACUCCAAGGGAUGAUGCUGCUGCUUUUGAGGAGGAGGAAGAGGAUGAGGAAAGUGAGGAAGAGCAACAGAAUGAGCAGGAAGAGCAAAGUAGAAAAGAGGGCCGAGAAGAAACGCCCAUUGCUGCAGAGGUUGAGGAUGUAGAAUGUGAAGAUGCUGAGAAGCAAGAGGAAGAACAUGUGGAUGAACUCAGUAAGGCUGUAGAGCAGGCUGAAGCCCAGAAGGAGGCCGAACCGACAUCCAGUCGUGCUGUUGAGGAGCACGGCCAAGCCACGGAGGUCACAGGUCAUGUGUUUCCAGAAGGACUGGCGCCUGUUAUUAUUCAGAGCGCUAACAAAAAAACUCUGAAGUGCCCCAAAUGUGACAAGACCUUUGAUCGCAUAGGUAAAUAUGAGAGUCACACCAGAGUACACACAGGAGAAAAACCCUUCCAGUGUGACAUCUGUCUCCAGUGCUACUCCACCAAAUCAAACCUCACUGUGCACAAGAAGAAGCAUGACAGUGAUUUGCCCGUCCAGAGGAAAGAGCACAAGUGUCCCUUCUGCAACAAGCUUCAUGCCAGCAAGAAGACUCUCAGCAGACAUGUCAAGAGAUUUCAUCCUGACCACCUCCAGGAGUUUCUCACUCAGAAGAAGAAGAAGAGUGAAGGCUGGAAAUGUGACAUCUGUCACAAGUCCUUCAGUCGGCGCCCCCAUCUGGAGGAGCACAUGAUCUUACAUUCGCAAGACAAACCAUUUAAGUGUGCCUACUGUGACAACUACUUCAAGUCACGAUUUGCCCGGUUAAAGCAUCAAGAAAAGUUCCAUUUGGGACCCUUCCCGUGUGACAUCUGUGGUCGGCAGUUUAAUGACACGGGCAACCGCAAACGUCACAUCGAGUGCACGCAUGGGGGGAAGAGGAAAUGGACCUGCUUUCUGUGUGGCAAAUCAGUUCGAGAAAGGACGACCCUCAGGGAGCAUAUGAGGAUCCACAGCGGGGAAAAACCUCACCUGUGCAGCAUCUGCGGACAAAGUUUCCGUCACGGAAGCUCCUACAGGCUUCACCUUCGUGUUCAUCAUGAGGACAAACGCUAUGAGUGUGACGAGUGUGGCAAAACAUUCAUCCGCCAUGAUCAUCUUAAGAAACACAAAAAAAUUCACACAGGGGAGAGAGCGCACCAGUGUGAAGAGUGUGGAAAAUGCUUCCGACGCGCCGAUCACCUGACUGUCCAUUAUAAAAGUAUUCACCUGGGAGAGAAAAUCUGGCGAAGGUAUAAAGCAGUGGUGCAUCAGUGUCAGGUGUGCAAGAAAGAGUUCAGGGGGAAAACCAACCUCAUGUCACAUUUCAGAACGCAUUCAGGUGAGAAACCCCACCGCUGUGUGAUCUGCAACCAGACCUUUCGCAUCAAAAAGACUUUGACCAAACACAUGGUCAUUCACUCAGACGUACGUCCUUUCAACUGCCCGCACUGCAGCGCUACUUUCAAGCGUAAAGACAAGCUCAAGUAUCACGUAGACCACGUGCACAGCGGCCGCCUGCUCGAGCAGCAACAGCCGAAUCUGCCUGCGGCCCCCGCAAGCAAACUAACCGAGCCGCUGGCGUCAAACGAAACACCCAAACCGUACCACAACACGCCUAAGACUGUGCUGCAGAGCGUGCCGGCUGACGUUUGCGUCCCUGUGACGCUCGUCCCCGUCCAGAUGACUGAGGAAAGUGAUCUUGCUGUGCACGGGACGACACAUGGGGUCCUUCCAGCUGUUAGCCAGCAACAGCAGGCGGGCUACCAGCCCGCCACUGAUUUAGUGUUCUUAGAAAAGUACACGCUCACACCUCAACCAACUAACAUUGUGCACCCGGUGCGACCAGACCAGAUGCUGGACCCUCGAGAGCAGUCCUACUUGGGAACGCUACUGGGACUGGACUCGACUACUUCUGUGCAAAACAUGUCUAGUGCUGAACAUACUCAUUAAUUCGCAGCUUUGUACACGCAUGCGUCUGUGUUCGUUACAUGAAUGAAUUUCGGUCAUCAGUCUCUUUGUGCUGUUCUUAAAGGCAUAGUUCACUCUGAAACCUGCAUGUUGGUUCUACAGAAAUUUGUUUUUGUAAUUCAAAGCCAAAAAUUGUUUGGAAGGACCUGAAUGGGAAUAAAUACAGAAUUUAAUUUUAACUAUUGCUUUAAUAUCUAAGGUUAAACAAUUGAUUAUAAAAUAAUGACUGAACUUGGACUGUAAAUGGAAUUUGUGUCUGUAAAUUUCUAAAUUCUAUUCUGUGUAACCCCUGUGUUCAUAAAGCUGACAGAUGGAAAUAACCUGUGGUUGGUUGGUUUGUGAAUGAAUAAUUGUUUAAAAAUCUUCUGAAUUCACCAGCCCAGAGCAAAGUUUGCUUGUGUUUCUGUAAAUAAAGCACUCUGCAACACUGA